AUGCCUCGCAAUAACCUGGGUAGAAGUCGUCGUUCCCCAAGCCGCCGUGGUGGUGGUAAUAAGGUUGUGCAACAGCACUAUCAUCAGGAAGUUACAGUGGCUACUGGGCAACAGAAGGCCACUGGCCCAGCUCCCAAAGCCAACAGAUAUGCUCCUCCAGCCCCCACUGGAGGCACUGCGGGCAUUCAUGAAGUGUACGAUCCAGAGCACAUCAUUGUUGGUGCCAGUCACAGCAAAACAGCUCAGAUCCUUGUUGAUAAGGAUCCUGUGCUUCAUGAGAUCGUUGUGGAUGCCAUACGUUAUGCUGCAGAACAGUUUCGUCGGCCCCAUGGUGCCGAUAAAAAUGCUAGACUGGUUUUCCCCGAAGGUCAAGAGGAUGAAGGUCUAGCCGGGUAUUUGGAAUUCUCAAAACUGGUUAAUCACUACCUCCACAAUCUGGCUGUCAAGAGUGACCCCUUCCACAAAGCUCUCCUCGCUACUUCCACUGUCGUUGUCGGCAACAUGGGCUUCUGUGGCAACAUACCAUGCUUUAGGUAUAAACUGAAGUUGAUUAUGCCGGAGCACUACGCGAGUCCCUACACUCUCCGUACUAAGAAUGUUCCUUACAGUUGGUGUAAUGUAUUCUUCUUGGAGCCCCAGGAGGAUACAUAUGCAGGGUUAAACUGA